CACCAAAUAAUUAUUUUCAACUUCAAUUCACUUGGUGUGAAAGGUUGGUCAAUCUUUUCACUGCACAAAAUGUUAUCAUCGUGUGCAUUGACAACUAACAGUAGCAAAUCUAAUCAUUUUUUACAAGCAAAUACAUUGACGAGAACAAAUUUUCUCUUUCGUUUUGUCAUUAUCAUAAAUUUUUUAUGAAUUCCUCUAAUAGUUUGCCCUUCUUAGUUCUCAUCCAUAUUGAUAAACUAGAAUGUAAAAAUGUUAAAAAAUAGUAGAUUAAAAUAAUUUAUAGGUUUGUUAUGGUUUGAUGAUAGAACAUUUGACGAUUGACAUUGAAAUUAAAGAUUCAAAUAUCACUGUUAACACAUUAAUAUUAUUAAUAUUUUGUGAAUUUCUCCAAAUUUAAGGGGAUGCCAUGGAAUCCUCUUCCUUGCCCCUAGAUCCGCCCCUGUGGGUGGCUAUCUCAAUAUUAAUAUUUGUUCUGUGACAGGUCAGAAUGUCGGAUGUAAGUAAGGUAUUACGUUCUGGAAUGCAGGUUGAGACAAGUCGACUCAUAUGUGUAUUUAUUGUAACAGAAAAACACUUGACACAUUGAUUUCCCAUGAAAAAAUUUGACAAGUAAAAUAUAAGAUGAUAAGUGUAGUUAAAUUAUUUAAGAAAUUGAGGAUCUCAUUAAUUUACAAAUUUAUUAUAGCUAAAGUAUGAUGUAAUCAAAGUAAAAUCUUAAGUAAUUUCUGUAAAUUUACAUAUAAUAUACACAAUAACGGGUCAAGAAUUGGACAGUCCAGGGUGGGUCAGGUCGAGGAAGUACAAAUGCACGUCUUGCCCCGCCGACGAGAUGAUAUUACCCGCUCCAAAACAGGUCGAAUAGGAAUGAUCAUAUCAAAAUUGUCAUCCCUAAUUUGAACGUACUCAUAAGGUUGCAUGAUUAUUGAAUUACACACUGGACGCUUUAUGAUUGUUGAAUGGAAGUGUUGAUAACCAUUCAAAAGUCACGAUACAUCCAAAGUAUAAUUUGAUACGUAGGCAUAUUAUAACAAUAUUUUUGUAUGUGACAUUCACGCAUAUUUAACUCGUAUAUCUUAAUUGGGUUAAAUUUUUUACAUCAUAGCUAAGAUGUCAUCCAUCAUAUAUCGUAUAGUAUUUUACUCAUUUCUGUCUCGUCUUUAUUUCCUUAUUUGGUCUUUCGUCGUUCAAUUGUGAGUUUAUAUGAAUAUUGUGCUUCUCUAUUUUGCAUUUUGCUCCAUUGUGGAUAAUGAUUAUGGCAAGGCAGUGAAGGAUUCGUGAAAGUAAAUUCUUGCAUUGUUUUGUCAAUAAUGGGAGCUACAAAAUGUGAAUGUUAGUGCAAGUAGCACGACUUCCUUUUUUGCGUCAAUGGUAUCAAUCAGUUUGACUUUAUUAUUAAAGGAGCUAGCUAUAUUUAUCAGACAAGGUAUGUUCAAUCCUUCUAUAAUUUGGUUGGAUUGCGGUUUGACUUUAUUUUGUAUUUGAUGUUACAGAAAGAUCAAAAUACAGGGACAAUAAAUGCAAUGUUCAUCUUAAAUUUUUGGUAUAUAUAUGGUGGUUUCCGAACAAUAAAUAUUUGGAGCAUAGAAGACAAAUUCAUGCGAACGGUUCAACUAAUUGUUUUUGUAGUUAUAGUCGUUGUGUUUUUUUAGUUGUAGGACUACAACUCUGUACGGAAAUUUUAGAACUCAUAGUUAGCAACUUACGGGCGUUUGCUUCAUGGAUUUGAAAAAUGAGGGUUUUGGUAAAAUCUGGGUUUUGGAAAACCAUGGAUAUAUGAUGGAUUUGGUGGCAUUAUGGAUUUGAACAAGUCUAUUGUUUGCUUGAUGGAUUUGCUUAUGGACUUUGUUUGAUUAGAUUUGUGGAUAUUAAAUACAAAUUACCUAGUUACCCUUAUUUAAUUAUAUUUUUAUAUUAUAAUCCAAAUCUUUCAUUUAAAACUAAUCCAAAACAUAGAAAUAAAUUUUAAACUCUUUACCACUAUGUGGAUUAAUAAUUCAACUACAAAUAUAGAAAUGUAUUACAAUUUGGCACUAAUUAACAAUUCAUCUUGGCACUAAUUAAAAAUUCAUCUAAUAAUCCUUCAUAAAAAAAACAAUUCAUCUAAUAAUGUACGCAAUAUUAUGUAUCAAUUGCAGUCAAUUGCUCGCUUUAUUGCUACAACUCAUCAUCUUCUUGCUAACUCACCGAUGUGGAAUCUGACAAUCAAUCAAAUAAUAAUGUACAAGAUGAGCAUAAAGUGUUUCUAGGUGAAUCUAACAAAUCACAUAUACAUUCAUAUUUAAAUAAAAUACGAUAUAACAAAAUGAAAUGAUAACUUCUCAUAUUUAUAAAAUACGAAAUUAUAAAAGUUUACAGUUGCAUGAUCAUUGAAUUAAAGUAGGACAAAUUUGUAAUUAAAGAAAUAAUUAAGGGUAGAAAGGUAAUUUACCAUCAUGGAUUGUAAUCCAUCACCCAAAUCCCACCUCAAAAGGUGGAACUUCCAAGUCCGUGGGGUCCACGGAUUUGGAACCCCAAAAGUGGUGGGCCCCACAAAUUCCAUCUCCCUAAUUCCCUAAGGCAAACGAUGGAUUUCGGUUCAAGUCCAUGAUGGAUAUAUUUCCAUGACCAAAUCCAUGACCAAAACCCUCAAGCAACUCCCUAUAUAUAUAGGUAGGGAAGGCAAAAAGAACUCAAUAUUUGGGUAAUAUAUGCACAAACUUAACUUACUAUGGGUCGAAUUAAGUUUGAGUAAUUUUACUUCUGAUUCUCACCCACGCCUUAUUGGGUUUUUUUAGUCUAAAAUUGUACCCACAUUAUUGGAAGUUCAAAAAAAUAUGGGUAUCUGACUAGAAUGCAAUUUUUAUAUUACUAUUUUUUGUUAUGAAACAAAUAGAAAGGUGGAAUGCAAACACCUACAUGAAAAGUGUAUAAUUGGAUAAGUGGCGGAUCCAAAAAAUUUACAUAGGGGUGUCCUCUCCUAAAAAUUUAAUUAAUUAAUAAGAAAAUAUCCGAUUUGUACAAAAUACAAUAAAAUACAUUGGCAUGACGUGUUUUGUAUUAUUGAAAAAUUGUAAAAUACAACAUUUGAGUCUAGCCAAAAACGAACUAACCCAUAUAGGAUCCAAUUUAAACCCAACUCAAACCCAAAAACAUUGAAAGUGCAUAAUGGGUUCAUCUGAAUCUGACUCAAUACCCAUACAGAUCAUGCCAAUUACAUCAAAUUACCCAACAAAUCGAUUCAUUACCAUGUCUCUACCUAUAGAAUUAGCACACUCCCCAAACACAAUUGGAAUACAAAUCAUAAUCUUUUUGCCCCCCUAACCUAAGUCAAUCUUUGCAUGCCCUUAAUUACACCCUCUUAAUUCUCAUCCAUCUAACUCCCAAUAUUCACCCACCCUAGCUAUUACACAUCCAUCCAUCCAUCAAUAAUCCAACUACACCAAUAAUAGUAAUUACCCCCAACCCUCCCCUCUUUGACCCUCCAAAACAACCCCACCCCACCCUCCUACACCUCUCUCCCACCACCCUACUAAUUUAUUCACAACAAUGAAAACAAAGGAAGCCACCCCUACAAUAUUUUCACACUAGCCAAUCCAAUCCAAUCCCCAUGUUCACACCCACCUUCCCCUCCAAACCCAAAAAACCAUAAUAUAAAUAACACCUAAAACCCAGCCGCCUUCCUCCCCCAAUUCCAAUAACACCAACCAAUUUCCUCUCUCUCUCUCUCUCCCUCUCUCUCUCUCUAGCUAAUUAACCUUCCCUCCUUGUACAAUAUGGAGAGCUCACCGGCCGGCGGGAAGUACUCGACCCAAGCCAUGAUGGACGGCGUCGAACGGCCGAGCCCGAGCCAUGCCAAUAUUCAUAACCACAAGGGGCUGCGGACCGGCGAGCUGGCACUGAGAGCCGGCGCCCUGUUGCUGACCUUGGCCGCCGCCAUCGUGCUCGGGAUCAACAAACAGACCAAAACGGUGCCGGUUCAGAUCAUCAGCACCAUGCCUCCGGUCAACGUCCCCGUCUCCGCCAAGUGGCACUACCUCUCCGCCUUCACGUUUUUCGUGGUGUGCAAUGCGAUAGCCUGCGCCUACGCUUUCUUUUCCCUCCUGCUGGCCUUGGUGGGGAGGAAGGGAACCGCGGCGGCGACCGUGAUCCUCGACCUGCUGACGGUGGCGCUGCUGUUCGCCGGAAACGGGGCGGCGACGGCGGUGGGGCUGAUCGGGUACAAGGGGAACACGCACGUGCGGUGGAACAAGGUGUGCAACGUGUUCGACAGGUUCUGCCACCAGGUGGCGGCGGCGCUGGGGCUGUCGCUGGUCGGGUCCGUGCUCUUCGUUCUGCUCGUCCUGGUCGCCGUCGUGCGGCUUCACCGGAAGUAUUGAGUGUUGACUAAGCUGAUGAAAACGUGGUGCUCUUUUUUUCUUCUUCUUUUUUUGCGUAUUUGUUGUUGGAUUUUUUUUUCUUUUGAAAUUCUAGUCUUUGUAAUUUGUAUGCUGUAAUUGUGUGAAGAAAUUAAAUUCGUUUGAUAGCCGAUGAUAAUUGUUAGUUUUUUUUUCAAUUAAUGUUACAUUUCUUUCUAGUGUAAGAGUGUGGUAUAAAAUCCAGCAGAAACUUCUCCCAACAACCCGAGUUAUUGGGACCAACUGGUUCUUGACAUGGUAUCAUAGUCUAAACUGAAAGGUCAAGUGUUCAAAUCUCCACAACCCUCAAUAUUAACAGUUUAUAUUAAAGCACAAGGUAUGGU